GAGGGUCCCCACUUACUGUGCAUAAGGGCCAGACAAGAACAACUCCUACAGCUCAGACUCUGAAGGGACGUACAACAACAAGACUGCCCGUAUUUCCACAUUUUCUGAACAUGAAUGCGAGCAUCAUGACGAACUUAACGGAAAACAACCUGGAUGACAACCACUCCACCAACAUCAAUCAAACUUAUGCCAACAUCUUUGCAGAGACGACUUCCAAUACAACUGCCUAUAUUUCAACUUUCAACAUGACCAACACCUCGCUGGACUUCAACACAUCGGAAGUCACCUUAGAUUUUUGCGUCACAGAAAACCCGCCAUCGAUAGUACCCAUAUUGGACUGCCUACUUUUCCUUCCAGUUUUAAUUGGAAAUGGGCUCGUUUUAAUGCUCUUUGCUCGAAACAUCAAGAGGGUGGUGUCAGUCGACAUAUACAUCAUCAAUCUGGUGAUCUCGGACAUACUAUUUGCUUUGACGCUGCCCAUCUUUGCUGCGGAAAAUAUGACGACCGAAUACAUGGGUGUAAUACCAUGCGUCUGCGUGAACGCAGUCUUCACCACGUGCCUCUACGUGCACAGCCUCUCGCUUUGCUGCUUGAGCGUCUAUCAAUACUUAACGGCAGCACACACCAACUUCAUUCUGAAAUACCACAAGAUCAUGUACACGACGACCAUAUGCCCCUUGAUCUGGAUUUUCGCUGCAUUGCUCGCGGUGCCGGACAUCAUUCUCUUCAACAACCCCCAAAUAGACUUCUGCACGCGAUUCACGUUGGAUAAAUACACGCUUUCAUCCACUACGGUGUUCGUACAGCUCAUCAUCGGUUUCCUGUGCCCGUUCGUCAUCAUACUUGCAUCGUACUUGGGCAUCGCGAGCUCCCUGGCGUACGCGAAAGCCGUACAGCGACGACGCGCAUUCAAGUUCGCCAUUAUCGUCGUAAUGUUCUUCAAUUGCUGGUUCCCGUAUAACAUCUGCCUCCUGUGGAGGGCAACCUCCUGGGUCCAGGAACAUUCCUCGUGCCAAAUGGAGCAGAUGAGAGAGAGAUACGCCAUCCCACUCACACGCAGCCUGGCCACCAUCAAUUGCUGCCUCAUUCCUUACAUCUAUGUGCUCAGCAAAAGGAGGUUUCAAGCACAGAUUAAAGCCAUAUGGAGCAAGGUCAUCAUCAACAAGGAUUAAAGAUCACAUGGUUAUUUUAUAUCUAUGGUCAAGAGCAGCUCAUGGACCCAAACCCUCAAUGCCGAUUUACACAAGUUACAAUUUGUGUUUACAUCCUGUCACUAGCUCUACUAUUGUGCAUCAAAUAUAUAUUGCACCUUGAUGUGGUUGCAAAAUGUGUGUACUCUUUCAUUUUUAUUUCAGAGAAUACAUUCACUGAACUACCAGUCACAAUGCAUAAUACAGUAACACCUUGGAUUGCGAGCAUAAUUGGUUCCGGAAACGUGUUUGUAAUCCAAAGCGCUCGUAUAUCAAAGCACUGGUAUAUCAGUUGUGAUCACGUGACGCUCGGCAGACAAAGCGUUUACACGUACUACUCGUAUUGCAAGACCUCGCUCGUUUAUCAAAUUUAUAUUUAUUAAAAAAUUUAGCUCGUCUUGCAAAACACUCGCAGACCAAGUUAUUAGCAAUCCAAGGUUUUACUGUACAUUAAAACCAUGGAGAAAUAACAGUGAUAUACAACCUACCCAAAAUAAGAUCUACAUACUGCUAGAAACAUCGCAAAAAGGCCAUCAAAAUGGUUCAAAACAAGUGCCGCUGUUUGGUCGUGACUUCCAAAUACUCAUGUUGGUAUUAUAACCGUGUCAUCUUCGAGCUGCUAUUUUAUUUUACCAUAGUAGGAACACAUGACUUGCAGGAAGUGAUUCUGGAAAUGUAAAUCAUGUUAAAAACAGGCUACAAUUGAUUUAAUGUGUAAAUACAUGUUGAUUUUAUGUGUACAAACCAGAGCGGAUAAAAUUAGAUUUUUUAAACUUUUUUUUUUACUUUGAAGUUUAUAAUAUAGUUCUGUAUGUUCUAUUGUUUUUUUCUUAGAAAUCAAUUUUUUUUUAAAGAAAUACAUUUAAAUAUCUUUAUUUAAAUGCAUAUUAGAUUUGUCGUAACAUUGCAAGGUUUUAAGACGCAAUAAGCCACACUCACUGUAUUAACAACAAGCUGAGUAGGCCAUGAGUGCUGGUCAACAGUACUUUGGGUGACAAAUGCUGUCAAGUAUGCACCAUGGGGCAGUGUCCACAAAAAGCAGAAUGCUGACCGUAUAUACCGACCAUUUCAUAUACAGUACACAAUUCCUAUUUAUUUUCAUAUUCUGUAGAUGUUGCGUUUACAUAAAUCUUCCGCCCCAAAAUAAUAGUUUUCAAACACUAUGGUAGACAACUAUGGGAGCUUGUUUUUUUUACCAGUAUCAAAGUAAAACCUUCUAUUAUUUUUCAUACUAUGGUACCCGAGAUUAACGAUACUUUUUUCAUAAAAAAGCUAGUACGGUCCACCUUGCUAUCAUGCUAUUUGUUAUCUAGAGAUAAAAUGGUUCAAGAAAAGCAUCGUUUGCUUUAUGCUGCCCUGGGUGGCACUGAUAAGACAUGUUUGGGCAAUGCCUUGAGAGGACCAGAAUGGAAGUUGAAUUGUAGGAAACCUAUGGGAACCUCAUUUGCCAGUAAAAAUAUGAUAAUUGGUUCUUUACCCUUCUAUCUGGCAACAAAAACUGACACCUUUUUACAAGGAGUCAUGUUUGCAUAGACCGCAAUACCUGCAGUCAUAAUACAAACAAAAGAACAUAACUCUGAUAAUGCGCCUUUUGGCGUCAUCUGGUCCAACCCAUAUGAGACUAGGCUCUAAGGAAAGCUGUCUCGGGUGUGGACCAAUCAACUUCAAGGACAGUGCACAUUAUCAGAGUUAUGUUCUUUUGUUUGUAUUAUGACUGCAGGUAUU